AUUGCAAAACUCGAAUCUAGAGUCAACUAUGAUGUCGUGUCCUGCUGACUAGUCUCCAGUCCACCAGAUAUCGCCGUUUUAGCUUCCCUACCCCUUUAGUCCUUUACAACCCCCCUGCCCUUAUAUUUUUAGCCAUUCCAACCUAGAGUUUCUAUCGUCUCUCUCUUAGCUCACUAAACUCCACAUUAACGGUACAAAUUUUUCACUCUUGUACCAAUCUUUCUCCCGCCUUUCAAUCUCUAUCUUUUUUAUCUUACGUAGCCUCCUUUAAACUUGUUCCUUUCUCUUCCAGAUCCCUUUUUACUUACUUGAUCUUGAUCGGUAUUUCCAGUAGCAUUUGUUAAGCCAUUUAGGACAAAUUUUUUCCCAUGAGAAUGGAUCUGACGGAAGUAAAGGGAUCACAAGUAGAGGAAAUGAAAACUUGCUGUGAUUGUCAUACCACAAGAACGCCUCUUUGGAGAAGUGGUCCAGCAGGUCCUAAGUCGUUAUGUAACGCAUGUGGGAUCAAAUACAACAAGAAGAGGAGGCAGCUUUUAGGUCUGGACAAAGAAAGAAGUGAUAAAGGCAAGAAGAAGAGGAAAAUCAGUGGAGAAAAAAACAGUAGAGAAAAAAUUGGACAGUCAUUGAAGAUGAAAUUGAUGACAUUGGGAGGCAAAUUAAGAGAGGAAGAACAAGCGGCGAUACUAUUGAUGGCUCUUUCCUGUGGAUCUGUUUAUGCUUAAGAAAAUUACUACUCUAAUCCUAAGUCCUAGUAAUAGUAGCAGUAGCACCAAGUGGAAACCCCUUGUAUUCUUACUAAUUAAUUGACCCAUUUAAGUCUAGUUUUCUGAUUCUGAGUUUCAUGAGUUGUAAUGCCUAAUGAAGAGCAGCAGCAGAUGAGAAUGAACCAAUGUAGAAGUAAAUCUUGACUCUUUUUGAUCUA